UCAGGGCUACGGGGAAAGGAUCCAAGGGACGGGGAGAGGACCGCUGGAGACUGGGAGAAAACCGCAAAGGUGGCUGUGACCUUUGAUGAUGUGACCAUGUAUUUCACGGAGCAGGAAUGGGGGACCUUGGAGGAAUGGCAGAAGGAGCUUUAUAAGCAUGUGAUGAAGACCAACUAUGAGAACUUGUUCUCACUGGGCUAUGCCAUUCCCAAACCAGACUUGAUAACCCAGAUUGAACAAGGGGAAGAGCCAUUCAUCAGAGAUCCAGGACACCUGGGCACGAGAGAACUGGCCAGUGGUUCCAGGGCUGAUGAGCAUCCUGACGUGAAGAGUACACAGGGGCAGCUGUCUUCUGGCUGUGCCGUUUCCAGACCAGACUUGUUAACCCAGAUUGAAGAAGAGGCACUCAUCAGCAAUCAAGGGAACUUGGAAACAAGAGACUUUGCAGUCUGCUCCAGUGAUCAUGAACAUCUUGACUUGAAGAGUACAGAGGUGCAGCUGUUUUGGGGGGAUUCUGGAUCUUCAAGUUCAAGACAACAGGAAAGCCAUGGACAUAAUCUUCAAAACCAGAACUGGUCUGGGCCCUUACCAUUCCGCUGCAAUGCGUGCAGCAAAGGCUUCACCCACAAGUCUCAGCUGGCCAAUCACAUUAGAGUUCAUAGGCCGAAAAAACACUUCCAGUGCACUGAGUGUGAAAAGAACUUUGCCCAAAAGUCCCGACUGCUCAGGCACCAGCGCCUACACACAGGAGAGAGACCCUUCCAAUGCCCCGAAUGUGACAAGAGCUUCCACCAAAAGGGGCAUCUUCUCAAACACCUGCCCCUGCACACAGGGGAGAGGCCCUUCCAAUGCCCAGAGUGUGACAAGAGCUUCCGAGUAAAGGGGGACAUGAAGGCCCACCAGCGCCGGCAUAGGGAGGAAAAGCCAUUUUCCUGCAGUGAAUGUGGUAAGGGCUUCACCACGCAUCAUUAUCUCACUGAUCACAUCAGAAUACACACAGGUGAAAGGCCCUUCCAGUGCCCAGAGUGUGGUAAGAGCUUUCGAAUGAAAGCAGACAUGAGAGUCCACCAGCGAAGACACAGCAAGGCCAGUUCAUUCUGCUGCAGCGAGUGUGAUAAGGCAUUCCCCAAGCAGUCUGAACUCACGGACCACAUUAAGGUGCACACCAAGAAGCAGCACUAUAAGGGCCUGCUGUAUGGAUUGAUGGAUCUUGACUGGGGUUGAGAAAGAACCUAUAGCAGCCAGAGUGCGAUUGUGAAAGUCAUAGAUCAUGAUCUAGUCCAGAUUCUACUACAUCCUUGGUCAUUCAACUUCUGCUGGAAUAUCUUUAGUAAUAGGGACCUCAUGACCUCAUGAGGCAGGCCAUUCCAUCCUGGCAAAGCUCUCAUUGUUGGGAAGUGUCUCCUUAGCUUGAAGCAGAAUCGGGCUCUCUAUAACUUCCACUUCUUGGUCAUGGAUCUCCAAUUUUACCCAGCAGAAGGUUAUCCUAUCCACAUCACAGCUGUUCAGUACAAUCUGGCCAAUAAAGUGAGUGAUAAAACUGGCUAAUGCUGGAUUUUGCUUGUUUGUUU